AUGAAGUGGACAGAGAAUGUGGUCGGAUGUCUUUUUCUAGUUGUGUACUUGUGUUCAUAUAAUCAUCAAGUCAAUGCACUCGAUAAUGGUUUACUUCGACAACCACCCAUGGGUUGGCUAACAUGGCAACGAUUUCGUUGUGUAACUGAUUGUAAAACAUAUCCGGAUACAUGUAUUGGUGAAAAGUUAAUUCGAACACAAGCUCAAUUACUUGUUGAUGGUGGAUAUUUAGCUGCUGGAUAUCAGUAUAUCAUUAUUGAUGACUGUUGGUUAAAUACAACGCGUGCACCUGAUGGUUCAUUACAGCCUGAUAACCAACGUUUUCCAAGUGGUAUACCUGCAUUAGCUGAUUAUGUUCAUUCGUUAGGCUUGAAAUUCGGUAUCUAUGAAGAUUAUGGCACAGAAACAUGUGCAGGCUAUCCGGGUAUUUUAGGACAUUUAGAACAAGAUGCUAAAACUUUUGCUAGUUGGAAAGUAGAUUAUUUAAAAUUAGAUGGUUGUAAUGCUGAUAUAAAAGAUUUCGAUACAGGUUAUCCAGCUAUGGAACAAGCAUUAAACUCAACUGGUUUUCCAAUUGCAUAUUCGUGUUCAUGGCCAGCCUAUCAAGAAUUUUCAAAAAUAAAGCCAAACUAUACGGCUAUUGCACAAACAUGUAAUUUAUGGAGAAAUUGGGCUGAUAUCGAUGAUUCAUGGGGCAGUGUUUAUUCAAUUGCACAAUGGUUUGGUGAUAAUCAAGAUCGUUUAUCACCAUUUCAUGGUCCCGGACAUUGGAAUGAUCCAGAUAUGAUUGUCAUUGGAAAUUUUGGUCUAAGUCCAGGUCAAUCACGAGCACAAAUGGCACUUUGGUCAAUUAUGGCUGCACCACUUAUUCUGUCGGUUGACUUAAGAACAAUCAGUGAUUGGGCACGAGCGAUUAUUUUAAAUAAAAAUCUGAUUGCUAUCAAUCAAGAUCCCCUUGGGGCUAUGGGUAGACGUAUUCUUAAAUUGGAUGGUAAUGUUGAAGUAUGGAGUAAACCAUUGGAAGAUGAUCGUGUUGCGUUUGUCGCACUCUAUCCUGAUCCUUACGGAACACCAAUUCAAGUGACUAUUAGCUUGGCAGAUCUUGGGCUAAUUCGAUAUCAAGAUUAUAAUUUUUUUGAAUCAUUCAAUGGUGACUUUCUUGGUAAAUAUCACUAUACGGAUAAAUAUAGUUGUACAAUUAAUCCAUCCGGUGAUGUACAUGCAUUUUAUGUUGAAUCGGCUGCAGCAACGAAAAAAUUUCGUAGACAUUAA